AAAUCUAAAACUAUUCGUAGAGAUGUCGAAAUAGAGCGAAUCUACCCUCUAACAUAGAUAAUAAUUAGAGUUUCGAAAAAGGCAAUCCAAAUAUUUUUUGGAAAUAUUUAAGGUUUGGUCAUAUCUCAGAUUCAAGAAUGAGGAUCGUAGAGGUCGAAGGGGAAGCAUUGGCAAAACCAGAUCCUCGAUAAACCCACUUCCGUUUUAAACCCAGGAAGUGCGCAAAGAGAAAAUCACUUCGAUCGUAGAGAUCGAAGUGAGUUUUUAUAAUUAUUUCAGCUUUUCUUACUCAAGAGCACUCGCUACUGCUUUUACGAGUUGUGGUUGUCGCUAAUUUUCACAUUUUUACAACCUUUCUUUCUUUUUCUUGACUAUUUUCUAUAUCCAUAAAAAGCUAAAAAGAGAAGACUUUUACAACUGGAGAUGGGAAAGGAAUGGUAUUGGGGUGGUGGAAAGUCGUCUAAGAGAGGAAGAGGAAGACUAGAUAAAGAAAGUGCAACAACUUCUGGUUGCAUGUGUUCUGUAUUUCAGUUAUUUGAUUUCCAUCAGUUCCAGUUUCCUUCACACAACCACCAGCCUUCAUUAAAGCCCGAUCAACCUUUCCUUUCUCAGACUGAGCCUGAGGCUGAGUUCAUCUCCGAAGGUGCCGAAGCAUCAAGGAAUGGCUUGGAACUAGACGAGCCUUCAUCAGCAACGACUGUAGAAGCAGAUGAAAGUUUAAGCAUCCCAAUGGGUAUUCAAAUUAAAACAAAUGGACAUGCAAGUUCAAGACUACGAGGAGCUACAAAUGAUUCUUCCUCAGAAAUCGCCUCUUCCCCAAGUAUGAGGAGCCCAAAUUUGGUUGCUAGACUCAUGGGUCUUGAUCUUGUUCCUGAUCAAAGCUAUUCUCCAACCUUUUCUUCAUCAACUCGUGGGACUCCAAAUCCUCUAGGGAAGUCUCAAUUACACCACCACUUUCGACAUCGGCAGUUUCUACAAAGCAAACAAAGUAGCCACAGAAGUAGUCUGGACUGUGAUUUUUCAGGAGCGCUUUCUUUGCCGGAGACUCCGAGAAUAUCAUCAGCUAGAAGAUCAGAUGUGGAACCCCGCUUGUCUUUUCAAAUCAACAAAGAAAACCUGAGCCCUAAUGAAGAGCAGGUUCUCUCUCGUAUCUCAUCGUUGAAACGUAAAGAACUCAAAACUGAAGACGAGAAUAGAAGUCCAGGCCACUAUGCCAGGCAGAUUGUGAAGCAGGCCAAAGAAAGCGUUAGCAGGAAAGUUGGGUUGGACAUUACAAACACUGUCAAAAGCAGAGAGCCAGUAAGCAGAGAUGAGCUUGUUAGCCAACUGAAGUCCAAGAAAAUGAGCAAGGUUCUCACCAAAGUCACUGCUGAUUCAAGUCCAGGCAAGCACUCAACAGCUCCUUUCUCACUCAAAUCCUUGGAACCCAGGAACAGGCCAAUCUUUAGAGCAUCAUCCACCAAGGACCAUAGUAUUUCUCAGUCUCUAAAACCAUCAACUUCAGCACAUUCAAGGGUCAAUGUCAGGCUACAAAAGACCAAAGCUCCAACAAAGUCUAAGUUGCUAGCGUUGCAAGAGCAAGAGUACGACCACCAGCAUCAACAGAGACCCAUUAAGAAGUGCAAGAAAGUUGCUGAAGAGAGGUUUAGUCCACCUCUUAGACUCGCGAAACCUCCGCAAAGUUCGGAUAUUAUCCGAAAAAAGCGGGAAGAACCACUUGUACGUCCAAUAAUGGCAACCGGAGCAAACAUUCCUGAAAAGAAAUGCGAGAAAUCCCCAUUAUCAAAUGACCUGCUCAACAUUACUGUCCCUACCCUCCUCCUUCCAGUCAAGAAAGAUCAUCCUCCUCAAGCAGUGGAGAUUCCUCAAAAACCGGCACCAAAUGCUCAAGAAGCGAAACGUAGGUCACAGUUAUCUAGUUGUUCGAGCCAUUCGUACAAACAACAAGAGGCUCUCAAUGCCCGAGGCAGCAACAACGAGGAUAGGUCUAACGGAGCAGCUGCCACCACCACCGAAGAUGAAGCAGCAGCAGCAGAAUUACGGGAGUACGUAACUAGAAUACUGAGACACGUUGGCAUAGAAAAGGAUACUUCAGUGUCGUUUUCUAGGUGGUUCUCUCCGUCCCGUCCUUUAGACCCUUCAAUUUUUUACUAUCUAGAAAAUUUCAGCACUAUUUCCCAUGCCUCCAGCAACAGUGAAAAGUACGCAUAUGGUCAACUCAAGCAUAGGUGUAACAGAAAGUUGCUGUUUCACCUUGUGGAUGAAAUGUUGGUGGAGAUUUUAAAGCCUUGCAUGAACAUGAAAUCAUGGGCUGCCUCAUCAUCAGGCAGUGGAUAUAGUAAUAAUAUUGCUGGUAAAAAAGACGUGCGUGGCUCACAUUUAAUUGAUUUGUUAUGUUCUAAAGUUAGAAGCUUCCCCUGUACUGAUUGUCGCGUUCUUGAAGAUAUUGAUGCUUUGGUAGAAAAAGACAUGCCACUACUGAAGCUCCAGAACGAUGUGGCUUUCGUCGAAGUAGAAGGGAUUGUAACGGAAUUAGAGAAGGAUUUAUUGGACUCGAUAAUACAUGAAACAGCUACGAUUUUUUAUGGUGAUGGGGUUAGUAGCAUUGAAACGGCAUGGCCUUUUCUGAUUGAUGAUGGGAAAGCAAAGAGGGGUUGAGGUCUGCACGUGGAGAUAUUUGAUAUCACCUGGCAAGUGAUGUGAGGUUUACUUACGGUUGUUAAUUACAUUGAUGAUGAGAUGUGAAGGCGAAUAGAUUUCGUCCUUUCUUGCUAAACACUUCAACUUUUAGUUCUGCUGUUUCCUUU